AGGAUGCCACCAAAUCAAUGAAAAUGAUAUAAAAUUCGUUUCUCUCUUUUAUAAAUACACCCUCUUCUCGUCUCAAUUGAUUCUUUGUUUGCCUCUUUUACUUGCCCGUUCCAUAGAGGGAGAGCCCUACAAAAGAACAGUAGUUUCGAAUCCUUGCUUAAUUUCGUCCAAACUAUACCUUUUGAUACAAUCUUAAGAGGACAUUUGAAGAAACAAGUUGAUAUUUACUCUCUCAUUGGGGAAGGGGAUGGUUUUCCAGUCUAGUCAUUAUGGAAGUGGAUAUUGGAACUUCCUGCAGAAAUGAGAAGAUAACUUUGGAGACUCCGACAACAGUUAACGAAUCGAAAAAGCCAGCAGAAAAUCACACAAGCGCUUCUGUGUUCGUCAAUCAUGCUGCGAUUUCUUGGCACGAGAGCAGAAGAAAAUGGAUUGGAGAUCCAACUCAGAGGUCAAAAAGUGUGCCAAAGGAUCCAAUUAUAAGCUGGUCAACGACCUAUGAAGACCUACUCUCAACUAAUGACCCUUUCGCCGAGCCAAUCCCUUUACCAAAGAAAUUAAGUGAAAAUGAAAAAGGUGGAAGUCCUCGCAGCAUCUCCAAUGCGUUGGUGGAUUGUGAAAAAAAUGAUAUCACAUCAGCAAAUAGGCAGUGUUUACCAUGGAAAACACUUUUCUUGACAUCGAAACUGCUCAGAUUAGAUGGCAAAAAAGAUUGUCGAGAAGGCUGAAAGCACAUUUCAUGGACGAACCAGAAGAAAAUCACAGUUCAGAAGCCAAAAACUUCCCGAAUCAUAACGAGACUUGACAAUAAAAUUUUGGCGGGAGAUGGAGUUCAUGACCACCGGUGGACCAGCCAUGCGUAGCCAAGCCUGAAACAUUUUGUCCAUUGAUUGUUCGAAACAGUUUUGGGAGCA